GGCCGAGAUGCUCAUCUAUAUAUAGGGCUGCGUACGACGGAUGGGUUAGGUAUUUCGGGAAUUAAUAUAAUUUAUAAAUUAACUGCUUUCCUCAUUCCAUUGCUACUUUGUUCGCUUGACUCCGCCGUAAUUAAGUGCCAAGCUACCACUACCUUACCGAAAAUGGCCGAUCUUGACCUCCGCAUCCCUGAACCCUUCGUUAGUAUCCCGAGGGAAUCCUUCCUUUUCGGGCCUUCCCCAAUCCAGCAUCUACCGCGUAUAUCCGCAGCACUCGGUGGAAAAGUCCAAGUCUACGCCAAACGCGAAGAUUGCAACUCAGGACUCGCGUAUGGCGGAAAUAAAACUCGAAAGCUAGAAUACCUAGCCGCAGACGCCCUAUCCCAAGGCGCCGACACCCUCGUCUCAAUCGGCGGCGUACAAUCGAACCACACACGCCAAGUCGCCGCCGUUGCCGCCGCUUUAGGUCUACAAUCCGCAUUAAUCCAAGAACGCUGGGUCGAUCUCUCCACCACACCCUCCCCCAACACCUCCUCAUCCUCCCUAGACGCCCAACUCUACAGCGCCGUAGGCAACAUCCAACUCUCGCGCCUAAUGGGUGCAGACUCACGCAUCGAACCCCUAACCACCUUCGGCAUCGAGCACAAACCCACCCUAGCACAUCUCCAAUCCUCACUCGAAGCCGCAGGUCGCAAACCGUACUACAUCCCAGCCGGGGCCUCCGACCACCCACUAGGCGGUCUCGGCUUCGCGCGCUGGGCGCUAGAAGUCGAAGCGCAAGAGCGACGAUCUGGCGUAUUCUACGAUACCGUGAUCGUGUGUGCGGUAACAGGCUCUACGUUCGCGGGUAUGGUCGCCGGAUUCAAGCUCGCGCAGAAGAAACUCGGGUCAAAGAAACGGCGGGUAAUCGGCAUCGACGCGUCUGCGACGCCGAAGCAGACUUUUGAUCAAGUAUUGCGCAUUGCGAAGGGUACGGCGGUGAAGAUUGGGUUGGAGGAGGGUGAUAUUACGGAGGCCGAUAUCGAACUUGAUGAUAGGUAUCAUGCUGGCGUGUACGGUAUUGCCGAUGAGCAGACACUGGAGGCGAUUCGGUUUGGUGCUCAAACGGAGGCUUUCAUUACGGAUCCUGUGUACGAAGGUAAGAGUUUAGCAGGCAUGAUGGAUUUGAUUCGAAAGGAGGAAAUAGCAGAAGGGAGCAAUGUUUUGUACGCGCAUCUUGGAGGGCAGCUAGCAUUGAAUGCUUAUCCCUCCAUUGGCGCCUAGAAAGAAUCUCAUUUAUGAA